UUUAAGUUGUCUAUGAUAGUUGGAUACUUACGUUGAGAAAGUAGCUUUCUAAAUUUUUGGCGUCUAGUUAGCUUUCCAAUAAUAUUGGAUAAUCUUGUGUUUGAAGUCAUACUAUAUUAAUUGUGUUUUUACUUGUUUUUUGAGAGGAUCAUUGUUUCACAUAUCAAUAAUCCGUUGAAUGAAGACUAAUUAGAAAGCAACAUGGAAGCUCUGACAGUUCCGCCAUGAAUGCAAAAUAAAUAGAAAUUGAGGAGGAGCUGGAAGUGAAUAAAGAUCGGCUAGAAACUUCACAAUGUUGAGAGGUGGGCGUGGUGGUCGUCACAGUCCAGAGCUGUACCCCCACACAUUGAAGUGCUCCAACGCAAGUGACACUAGCUCUGCAUACAGCGGUAGUGACACCAUGACCUCAGUACACAGUUCAUUAGACAUGGACAUGGAAGUAGACCUUUCUGGCCUCCUCGAGUCCAUAGUUGAUUCAGACGAGGAGGAAGAUUUGGAGGAGAGUAUGGACAGUUUAACUGUCCGUGAUGCUGUAAGAGAAUGCCUUGAAAAGGAUCCAAAUGAGAGGACAGAUGAAGAUAUUGAAAUACUUCUUGAAUUCACACAACAUUUGAAAGCUUUUACAAAUAUGACUUUAUCAGUACGAAGGACCCUUUGUGCUGUAAUGGUGUUUGCAGUGGUGGAGAAAGCUGAAACUGUUGUCAUGAAUGAUGGAGAAGAGCAUGAUUCUUGGUCAGUACUCAUAAAUGGUCAAGUGGGAAUUGAACAUCAGAAUGGAGAAAUUGAAUACCUCAAUGUUGGUGACAGCUUUGGCAUGGCAGAGGCUACUUUGGAAAAACUGUAUCAUAGAGGCGUAAUGACUACUAGAUGUGAUGAUUGCCAAUUUGUUUGCGUAACCCAAACUGAUUAUUACCGUAUUUUGCAUCAAGGCGAAGAAAACAUCAGAAGGCAUGAAAAUGAAAAUGGGGUUGUUGUAUUGGUUACUGAAUACAGAGGAGCUGCUGGAGAAACGGGGCACCAACAAGGCCAUGUUGUAAUCCGAGGCACACCUGAGCAUCUGAUGUUACAGCUUAUAGAAGAUAAUUCUCGUGAUUCUACAUAUGUUGAAGACUUCUUAUUGACUCAUAGAACCUUUAUUGAAAGCCCUUUGGUUGUUGCCAAACAGCUGCUUGCCUGGUUCUCUGAACCAUCUGUCCGUGAUAAAGUCACAAGAGUGGUUUUAUUAUGGGUAAAUAAUCAUUUUACUGACUUUGAAACUGAUCCAAAUAUGAUGGAAUUCCUAGAAAACUUUGAAUGUGCUCUUGAGAGUGAGAAAAUGGAAAGUCAGCUGAGACUAUUAAAUAUAGCUUGUUCAGCCAAAGCUCGUACGAGAAGUGUUACUUUAUCUCGCCCUUCUAGAGAUGAACCACUAAACUUUACAAUUCUAGGUGGAUAUGAAAGGGGAUAUGAAAUCUUUAUUUUAAAAGUAGAAAAACACUCGAAAGCUGAAGAUGUAGGGUUGAAAAGAGGAGAUCAAAUAAUUGAGGUUAAUGGCCAAUCCUUUCAACAUGUCAGUCAUGCUAAAGCUAUGGAUAUAAUAACGGGAUCCACACAUUUAUGUAUCACAGUAAAAAGUAAUUUACUAGCUUUUAAGCAAAUGCUCCACAUGCCAGAAAAUUCCCCAAGGCAGAGAGGAUGCACUAAUAUGGUUCGUUGGCAAACAGAUCCCAGAGCGAGACUGUCCACUGCAGAACUUCUCAGUGAUGAUCCUAUCACCCUAACCCCAGUAUUUCAAUCUCCUACCAAAAAACCACAGCAAAUAAAUAUAAAAAAGGAGCCACAAAGAGGCUUUAUGACUUUAGGUCCUAAGAAAUUACAUAAAGCUUUAAUGAAAAUGAAUAUACUGCCAAAAAAUACAAUUACCGAUGGAAUUCACAAUGAUGAUAGUAUCAUCUCAAACACCGAAACCUUAAACAAAGCCAACUCCAGUACCUCAUUCUACAAUUCACAUAGCAAUCCAGAUUUAAUUUCUAUAUGUUAUGAUGAGUACCAGUCCUCAGAUUAUCCUGAACAUGUACUCAAAGUUUAUAGAGCUGAUCAAACCUGCAAGUAUUUGUUAGUUCACAAGGAGACUACUGCUCGAGAAGUUGUAAUGCUUACUUUACAGGAAUUUGGCAUCACAGAUCCCAGUUCAAAUUUCUCUCUGUGUGAAGUGUCAGUUGCACAAGGGGGUAUAAUAAAGCAACACAGAUUGCCAGAUCAGUUGCAAAAUCUUGCCGAGCGUAUUGGUCUCAGUUCCCGCUACUAUCUAAAAACUAAUGGAGUUAGUGAAACUUUAGUACCUGAUGAAAUGGCACCAGAGCUGUUGAGAGAAAGCGUUGUACAUUUCCUGCAACUGAAUGCUGUUGAAGUUGCAGUUCAAUUAACUCUACAAGAUUUUUGUAUCUUUCGACAAAUUGAAAGCACAGAGUAUGUAGAUGACCUGUUUGAAUUGAAAAGUAGGUAUGGAACACCAAUGCUAUCACAAUUUGCAGGACUUGUGAACAAAGAGAUGUUUUGGGUUGUAACUGAAGUAGUCAAUGAGCAGAAUCUUGUACGAAGGUCAAAAAUAAUAAAACAGUUUAUAAAAGUUGCCCGGCAUUGUAAAGAGUGCAAAAACUUCAACUCCAUGUUUGCAAUAAUAUCUGGCUUAGGUCACGGAGCUGUAUCCAGACUUCGCAUGACCUGGGAAAAAUUACCUACCAAAUAUAAUAAACUCUUUUCUGACCUACAAAUGCUCAUGGAUCCAUCAAGAAAUAUGUCUAAAUACCGACAGCUAGUAACAGCUGAACAAGGUAGAUCCCCAGUGAUUCCAUUCUACCCAGUGGUAAGGAAAGAUUUAACAUUUAUUCAUCUCGGCAAUGAUACUAAAGUUGAAGGAAUGGUUAAUUUCGAAAAAUUGCGCAUGAUCGCCAAAGAAGUCCGAACACUUACGAACAUGUGCAGUUCACCGUAUGAUCUUCUUACAUUAUUGGAAUUGGGUAAACAGCCUCCUUCUAAUGCUAUGGUAGCCUUGAACCAACUCACCACUGGAGUCCAGCAAGGUCAGGUGACCGUUAAGAGAAGGAAGAAAUCAGCCAAUGUGCCCAAUCACAAGAAAAUGUUUGAAGAAGCACAAAUGGUUAGAAGAGUCAAAGCCUAUUUAAAUAGAAUGCAUGUCGAAAAGGAUGAAGAACGUCUUCACGCUUUGUCGUUGGAAUGUGAAGGGUCUGGGCCGGCACCGAUGGUUCCUCGGCGGCGUCACCCUUCGCCCUCGCUAUCCACAACCAGUAGCGCAUCGUCAGCCAGUGAAAGCAAAAAGAGCUUUGCUGGAAAUAAAUUUGGAGCAGCUUCACCACAAGCAGUACGAAAAUUACUGGCGCUAUCUGAGCCCGCUAAGACGAGGCCUCAUCAACCGCGGCCGCCGCCGUCGGGCCCGUCUCCUUGUUCGCACCGACGGGACGGCCCAGUCGCGGGCAUCUGCUGUUCGCGAGCGGCGCACGAGAGAUCUCAUUCUGAUACGCCUACACCCCUACCUGUCGAUUUGUCAGCCGAAAGUAGCAGUGUGACGUCACUAGUUAACUUGCCAUUAAGAAAAACGGGUUCGGCCACAUCGAGUGACAGCGGCCACGGGUCGUGCACGACGGCGAGCUGCGUGCGGCCGGUGCCGCCGCCUCGCAUGCCCUACACCCUCGCCGCGCAGGUGGCGCGCCUCGAGCGCCUCAGCCGCGCUCACUCGCACGAAGGCGUCACGCGUCCCUACGAUUACUACCAUGAUACGCCCGAUGACGAAGACGACGAUCAACAAGUUUCCGCUGUUUGAAAUUUUAAAUACUCUUAUAUUACAUCUAUUUGUAAUCUCACUUGAUGAAUAGAACGCACGAGUUAUAUACAUUUUUCUUAUAUAUUAUUAAAUGAAUAUCAUAUUGUAUGUAUGUAUCCCUUACAAAUAAGUUUAAAGACUGUAUAAUUUUAACAUUUAAUUAAAAUAUGUCCUAGUGUUACAUAGUGUAAAAUUAAUUAUUCGUCAUAAGCCAUGCCUCUAUUAAUUACUAUUUUAAUUAAAAUUAAUGUGACCCACCAUGUUCCAGUUAUUAUUAUGUAGAGAUGUUUAAUGUUUAGCAUUAUUUGGGGAUUGUUUCAUAUUCGCCUUUGGUAUUUCUACAUUCCGUUGUUUGUAUAUUUUUUAUUAAUGUCAUUAUUUAUAAUAUGCAACUAGACCAAAUAAUAAUUAAUGUACCUUUUAAUAUUUACGACUCAAGAUUGAUUUUUAAAAUAUUUGUAGGUAUGUGGUAGUAUUUUUUUGGUAGCUUUGAGGACCAAUAAUGAGUUUGAAUGUUAUUUCUUAUGGUAGCAGUUCGUAAUUUGUUUAUAUCACGAUUUUAAUUAACUAUAAUUAUAAUUGUAAAUAAUAAAACUAUAUAAUUAAAUAUAUAAUAAUGUUUAUUUAAAUCUUAUAAAUAUCUUAUUCAACAAUUUAUGUUGUCUUGAAUAAUUCUGGCAUUUGUAGCCAAAUAAAUAUGUAAUAAAAAUA